AUGAGACGCCCACGCCCGCAGCACAAUACCACGUCUCUGCCUCGUGACCUACGGUCAGAACUUGGCAUUCGUGAUCGUUAUGGAGAGAAGAAGCGCCGACAGAACGGACCUGCCUCACGCAAAGACCGUCGACAAGCGGAGCGCAACGAAAAGAAGUCGAAACCGCACGCGCGGACUUGGAAGGAGUAUCCUCGCCAGCCGGAGAAGAAUAUUGAGGAUGAUGAAGACUCCGAUAUGGAUCCGGAGGACGAUCUGCUCGGCAACGAUGGCAGAAAGCCAAGCGACAAUGGAGACGAUGAAGACUCUUCGAUGGAUGAUGCCAGCAUGAUUGAUUUGGAUGAGGAUGAAGAGGACGAAGAUGUGUCGGACAUCGAUGAACCUGAGGACGUAGAUAGGCCUCAUAUCUCGUCCGGAGUGAAAUCCAAAUUAGCGGAGGACGAUGCUGAGAUUGCCUUUUUGGAGAAGAAGCUUGGUCUCAAGAAGGGCAAAACCUCUAAGAAAUUUGAAGACGAUGGAUUAGAUGACCUGCUGGGUGAUCUGGGGGAGGCAUCAGAAGAUGACAGCAAAAAGAGGAAACGAGAAGCCGAUGAGUGGCUCCAGAGUAAGCGCAAGAAGGCCCAGAAGCUCCAAGCUCAGGAAGAGGACGAAGAUGACAGUGAAUUGGAGAGCGACGAGGACGAUGAUGACCUUGAUGAGGAAGUGUUUGGAAGUGAGGAUGAUGAAGAGGAAGACGAUGAAUUUGAUGGUUUUGACGAGGAGAAGGCUCCCCCCAAGAAGCGAGAGAAUCCAUACGUUGCACCAACCCCCAAGAUGGAAAGCUCCAAGCCUCAGAAAUACGUUCCUCCCUCAUUACGAGGUCUAUCCGACCCGGAAACAGAGUCCCUAACUCGACUAAAACGCCAAGCUCAAGGACAGCUGAACAAGCUUUCAGAGGCCAACCUGAUUUCUAUCGUAUCUGAGUUCGAGAAGCUUUAUCGGGAUUACCCCAGAAAGCAUGUCACGUCUACGGUUCUUGAUCUAUUGAUGGGCCUUAUUUGUGAAAGAGCCGCUCUACAGGACACGUUUAUGGUCCUUCAUGCCGGUUUCAUCGCAGCUCUUUACAAGCUCUUGGGAACAGACGUUGGUGCCGAGAUUGUGGAGAGAAUAGUGAAAACAUUAGAUGCUAAUGGUGACGAGCGGGGAACUUUCCAAGGCAAAGAAAUCAUCAAUUUGGUUUCCCUUUUGUCACAACUUUACAACUUCCAUGUUAUCGGAAGCCCAUUGAUGUUCGACUACAUUCGUUCCUUCCUGGAGGAGAUCACGGAAAGCAAUACCGAACUUCUGCUUAAGGUCAUUCGCAUCUCCGGGCCUCAGCUUCGUCAAGAUGACCCCACGUCCCUCAAGGAUAUCGUUCUUCUUGUUCAGCCAGCUGUGGCUAAGAUUGGCGAGGGCAACCUUUCAGUUCGCACAAAAUUCAUGAUCGACACUAUCACCGACCUGAAGAACAACCGUGUUAAGAAUGCUGUCGGUGCCAGUAUCACCAGCGAGCAUAUCACCAAAAUGCGCAAGAUCCUGGGCUCUUUGAACAAUCGCACCAUUCGUGCAUCGGAGCCCAUUAAUAUCACUCGCGCGGAUAUUCAUAAUUCUUCCAAGAAGGGCAAAUGGUGGCUGGAAGGUGCAAGCUGGAAGGAAGACCCACUGGUAUCUGCUCGGGAGCAGUUGACAGAUAUGCCCACGAAAGAAGAGAAGUACGAGGAAGACAGUGACGGUGAGAUUGACUUCAACGAACUCGCGAAGGCCCACGGAAUGAACACUGCUGUCCGUCGCUCAAUUUUCGUGGCCAUCAUGACCGCCACCGACUACAAUGAUGCGUCUGUGCGGCUCAAAAAACUUCGGUUGAACCGUGCCCAGAAAUUCGAAAUCCCGCCUGUUCUACUGCGCUGUUUGAUGGAGGUGGAUGAGGAGGACAAGCCGUACAACCCCUACUACACUUUCAUUGCACGAAGUGUGAUUGUAGGACAAAAUUCGGGUGAAGACGAAGGGAAACGGCGUGAGGAGCAAGGGCAACGGCAGAUGAAGGUCUGCUUCAUGUUUGCCCUUUGGAACAUCUUCAAGAGGAUGGGUGAAAGGGGAGAAAUGGAUGACGAAGCAGACUUCGAUCCAGAGGACGAGAACACCGCCCCCACCUCGAAGGCUCUAUUCAAACUUGCUAAGACGUACGGAACGCUGAUUGCAGAGGGUCACCUGACACUUAGCAUUCUGAAGAAUCUCAACUUCGCCUACUUGCAAGAAAGUACCAAGCUCUUUCUGGACAUGCUGAUCGCCACCGUCAUCCAAGAAUCCAAGAAGAACAAGAACGGAGAGAAGAAAAAGAAGGAUGAAAAGGAACAUGAACAGUCCCUGAUCCAAAUCUUUAUGCAAGUUCAAAAAACACCACACCUUGCGAAGGGAUUGAUCUUCUUUAUUCAAAAGGUAGUGGCCAAGACCGACCUAUUGGAAAAGGAAAAACAACAAAAGUUGGUUCGCUUGGGUUGCGAGAUAGCCGUGGGCGCCCUCAAGUUGAUUCGCGAUUAA